UUCUAAAAUUAGGGAUGUCUAGAUUAUUUAUUUCUGUAUUUAUAAUAUUUCUUACGGAAAUUCCUUUAAGCAAACAGCGCAGACCCUGAUGAGACGCCGCAUCAUGCGGCGUCUCAUCUGGGUCUGCGCUGUUUGAUUAAAGGCAUUUCUAUAAGAAAUAUUCUAAUAAUAAAAAUAAAUAUACUUGACAUCCCUACUUUUGGAAAUACAUGUACAUUGAUCCAAGAAGGAUGGGAGAGUCCACUAGGCAUAAAUGGGUUAAUUUUCGUAUUUUUUCUUCCGUGUUGUAUUGAUAUUUUAUUGAAUCAUAUAUGAGUAGCCAAUAAACACUAAUGGUAGUUAAUAGUCAACAUAAUAGUCAUUUAAAAAACAUGAAAUGUCAUGCCGACUAUCAUCAAUGAUUUCACAGUAUUUAUGCAACCGAAGGAUAUUGGUAAACAAAACGUCACGAUUUCAAGUUAUUAUUGCUUAUAUCGAUAGACAUAAUUAAUUAAAGCCGUAUCGAAAGAGGAAACUUCAAUAAACAUACUUACCCAAUACUUAAAUCAAUUUCGGCUUCCGAAAGUAAUUGUGUGGAUAGAAAACAUGUUAUCCAUUUUUCUUGGAAAAUCGUGUUAACUCAACGGAAAUUGUGAUUUUAUGGAACACGAAGUUGGCUGAUUUUGUUAAAUGUCAUCUAAUGCAAACAUUCAUUUAAUCUACGUGAAUGCGUGCUGUACAUCCUUGUACGUUCCCUUGACGAUACAGUCAAACUAGGAUAUACUGGUCCGUAGAUUACACUAUUUACAUUAAGAGCGUAUUUUGGGACGACACUUUACGCACAUGCAUUAUGCCCAGAUUUCUCAGAACGCGACUCAAAUGAGCCGCGAUCUGGGAAAACGGGGCUUGAUUCAUGUUGGUAAAGUGUCAUCUAAAAUCAGCCUGUGUAUACCGCACAGGCUAAUCAAUGACGCACUUUUCGUUUGUUGCUAUUUUUCGUUUUAAGAAGGUCACAUUUUAGCGAAAAUCCAGAUUAGGCGAAAAGUGUUGUUCCAGAUUAGCCUGUGCAGGCUUGAUAAGAACGACAAUUCAAUUUACGCACAUGCAUCAAACCCCGUUAACGACAAUUUACGCACAUGCAUUAAACCCCGUUAACGACAAUUUACGCACAUGCAUCAAACCCCGUUUUCCCAGAAAGAGGUUCAAAUAAGACGUGCCUUUCGUCCUUGAAAACUAAUUGCAUGGCGCGAUUUUUAUUGGAAUAGUGUUGUGUAUGUGCUUUGCGAAGAGAUAUUACUGUAUGGACUGAUAAGUGAUUGAAAUCAAUUAAAACAAAUUGAACAGAACUGCGCGAGGAAAAGUACACUGACGACUUUGACUGCAAGCGAGACCUUUUAAAUUACAUUGCGAAACAAUAACGAACAUUAAGUGAAGACAGUAACACUUGAAUAAGUAAAAACGAGCUUUGUGCUAAAAUUCAAACUGAAUUUGUGCAAUUAUGGCUUGCCAAGGAGGAGAAUUCGGAAAAUCAUAUUUCUGUCUACAGAUCGACAAUGAAUCGCAACCGUAUUUCACAUUCCUCUCUGAAUACAACAGAUCAUGGAGCGACGCCGCAACACUCGAAGCGUUCGUUCUCAUCUCCAUUUUCUGCUUAUCAAUCCCUGGCAACGUCCUUGUGUUAAUUUACAUCGGCAAGAUCAAAGCGCGGCAAACGUUGACAAAGUAUUUCAUUGGCAAUCUUGUUAUUGCCGACAUCGCCUUCGCGUCGACAGCUCCGUUUACAGCGUAUAUAAGAUUACAGGACACGUGGGUUCUUGGACAAAGUACAUGCUCCGUGUUGGAAUACUGGAUGUUCGUGUGUGCGAGCGUUUCAAUUUGGACGAUGACUCUAAUCAGCAUUGGACGUUACCGUUACAUCACGCAGGUUACGUCAUCUUACACACGUCUCAUUAAACAACAUUACUGCAUCAUAUGCAUAGGGAUUUGGCUGAUAUGUGCAGUCAGCUUUUUGCCAAUUGCGUUCUUUUUUCAAGUUAAAGAGACGCGUUUUCAGAAUAAAACUUUAAAAAUGUGCACAUUGCUUUGGCCAAAGGGUGACUUGAGCUAUUCUGAAUCGUUUACUGUUCUAGUCGUCAUACUAAUGUGUAUGCUACCUUUACUUAUUAUCAGUGUCAACUACUAUCGAAUAUACCUGAAGUUUUACGAAUCCAGACGGGCGGUAGAGAACUCCGAUCCGCAAACCGUCAGACGUACGCAACGCUGCCUCUGGCGUAACGCACGUCAUCAGCGCGUGAUUAGGACGCUAACCAACCUGGUAGUGGCGUUCGUAGCGAUGUAUCUGCCAACGGUUAUUGUAAUCGUGGUAAUAGAGGACGACGUGUCUCAUAGUCACAACGAGGUUCCAUCGUCCGCUCUUGUAUGGGCGAUGGCGUUGGCGUAUCUCAACACGGUGCUGAACGCUGUGCUGUAUGGCUCAUUGUUCACGGAUUUGCCAAAGAUUAUGCGCCGCUGCUGGGCAGGGCAAAGCGACACGACCACCGGUCAACAAGAUCCCCAGUCGGUGAACACAGGAAUUCGCAACGUCGGCGUUCCUUUAAGGACGAUUACAUUAUAAGACGACCGGACUUGGUGCAAUAAUCAGUGUAACCGAAGGAAUACAAAUACACUGAACUUCAAUUAUUUUAUGCUGUUUUUCUACUAAAGUAUUUUUACUCUCAAUUUUCGCUUUGUCAAAGCAAUGUAUUAAACACAUAA